AUGGCGGACAAGCAAUUGGGGAUAACCACAAACUCUGUUGUAACAUCUACCAAUAACAGCGAGAGCGGCCACGAGCUUCAUUUUGCCAGACGUGGUGAGGAGUUGGCGGAAGGUUCAUCGAGCCAGGCUAGCAUUGAUGGCUACGAUCCGGAACGGAUGAGCGGUAGGACAUUGCUCACGGCUGAGGAGGAAAAGAAGCUGUUGCGCAAGAUUGACUGGCGACUGAUGACGCUUUGUUCACUCAUCUUCAUGUUUAAGAAUCUGGACAGCAACAAUGCCUCCAACGCUCGAAUCAUGAAUAAAGGAACCGAUCAGAAUAUUAUGACACAGCUAGGAAUCACAUCCAACGAGUACAAUCUUGUGACUGUUCUGUACUAUGUCCCAUACAUUGUCCUAGAGGCGCCUUCAAACUUACUGCUAAAAAGAUUUUCGCCUUCAAAAUGGCAGUCCAGAAUAAUGCUUGGCUGGGGUAUCGCGCUCAUGUGCAAUGCUGCUGUGAAGAAUAAGGGCGGUUUAUAUGCCACACGCUUCUUGCUGGGUGUGGCCGAGGCUGGGCAAUUCCCUGGCGUCAUUCUCCAGAUGACUUAUUGGUAUCGACCAGAUGAGAUGUCCUUGCGACUGCUUUAUUUCUAUAUUUGCGGGAAUGUUUCAGGCAUCUUCGGUGGCCUCCUUGCCUAUGCUUUUGACACCGUAUCUGGCGCAGGAGGACUGUCUGGGUGGCAAUGGCUGUUUCUGAGCGAAGGCAUUGCCACGGUACUUUUUGCUGUUGUCGUUUGGUUCCUGCUACCGGACUUCCCCGAGACAGCAAAGUGGUUGACUGAGCGGGAGAAGAAAUUUAUCCAGGCUCGACUGCCAGCCAAUGCUCCCCGUGCCAAUGAAGAGCACUUUCAGAUGCGGGAGAUUAUCACGUCGCUCAAAGACAAGAGAUUGUGGCUGUUUACCUUCAUUUGGGCCACCUUCACUGUUGGAACUAACGGCGUCACUUUCUAUCAAUCAACCGUCAUCGCGAACCUCGGCUACACGAGCAUCGCCAAAGCCCAACUCCUCAACAUCCCCAUCACGGUCUGCGGUCUCCUGUUCAUCGCAGUUACAGGCAUUACAGCGGAUCGCAGCCGUAUUCCACGUCCGCUGUACCCACUUACCUUCCUUCUUAUAAUUAUAGCCUGCUACGGCGUGUUUGUUGCGUAUCCGAGCAAUGGGGCAAUCUAUGCCGUAACGCUGAUCGGAAAUGCCUUAACUGCAGGAUGGUACCCUGUCAUGUGGCCAUGGCGUGUUCAGACCACCUCUCGUGCCACGGGAUCGGCCUUUUCUAUCGGAUUCGUCAACAGCUACGGCCAAAUCGGAGGUGCGCUCGGCCCCCAGUUGUUCCAAAGCCAGUACGCACCUCACUAUACAGUGCCCUUCUCCGUAGCCAUGGGCCUGGUGGGUACUUGCGCGAUCUUGACGUCGAUUACAUGGUGGGUGACUUGGGACACGGAGCGUGACACGAGGCAUUUGAAACUAGCCAAGAUUGCGGCUGAGAAGAGAGGCGAGACUAUAUUGGAAGAUGUCGUGGACAAUGAUUUGAAAAAGCGAUAG